CCACCCGCUCUGUCGCCCUGCUGCCAUGACGCCGUCCUUCUCCGGCGCCGGGCUCGCUCGCUUGAGCCUACUCUGCCUCCUCCUCAUAGCCGCUGUGAUUCCAUUCCGGGCAGCUGCUCGCCCGCCGGUGCCCACCUUCGAUAGCCGCUUUGACUUGUAUCGGUCCUUCAAGUACCCGCUGGCCUUGUUGAAUGGCGCCUCCCCGGUGGCCGGCUACUCGCUCCAAGGAGAUGCCACGGUUGUCGAUGACACAUACGUGACCUUCUCGGCCCCCGGCGGCACGCUCUACCCCGACAGUUGGUUUUCCAACAACGAGCUUGACGGCUCUCUCGAAACCCCGGACUGGGAAUCCGAGAUCCAGCUUCGUCUUGGCAACGAGGGCUCCUUCGCCAUCUGGCGGUCCCCCGAGGCCCCGGUCGCCUCGCGCCAGUCCAGCAGCGCCACCACCAUCCCCGUUCUCAAGAGUGCCGCCUCCUGGAAUGGCCUUGGCCUUUUCCUUGAUGUCCCUGCCCAGCGCCUCACGGUCUUCAGCAACGAUGGCUCGACCAAUCUCUCCUUCCCGUCGACCAUUGCCCGUCGCAAGGCGACCCUCCAGUGCUCGUAUCGCUCGAGCAUGUCUGGUGGUGUUCGUCUCAAGGUCAUCCAUGCCAACUCCACGCUCUGGGUGUUCUGGGCCGCACUCGACCCGUCCACCAUCGACAAGGAUACCGCCCCCGAGUGGUUCCCCUGUGGCGCGCCUGUUCGCGGGGUCCACCUCUCGCCGGCCAACUACUCGUCCUUUGGCUUUGCCGCCACUGGCCCCAACCACUCUGUCUUUUCCCUGACCUCGCACUACCUGUUCGUGCACGGUCGCCCGGACAACACCGAGCUUGACACCAAGCGCGCGGCGAAUGGCAUCGAUGCCGACACCACUGCCUCUUUGGUCCGUCUGGCCACCAAGUUCUCCGAGCUGGCCGCAUCCAAGCGCCCGCCCACGGACCCGGCUGUCGACCAGAUGGAUGCCGAUGCGCAGGCUCCUCCAGCUGCUCCGGAUGCUCCGGUUGUCGCCGACUCCCCGGCCUCCGAUCCCCAUCAGCAGCAGUACCAGGCUCCCCCGCAGGACAUCCAGCAGAAGCACCAGCAGCAGCAGCAGCAGCAACAGCAGCCCUCUCCCCAAGCCGCCGAUCCUGCCAUCCUGGCACUUGUGCAGCAGCUUCAGUCGGAGAUUGUCACCCUCUCCGCCUCGCUGCGCAACCUGCUGGCCGUGGUGUCCGGCAUUGGGUUUGCUCUGGCCAUUCUCGUGGCUGUGGUCGUGGUCAAGAAGUUCGGCCGCGUCCACUCCGCCAAGAAGUUCUACUAG